AUGAUUACGUAUCCCAACUGGGGAUUCUUCGUCUACUACGCACCAUUCUCAAAGAAAUCCCCGCCCUUCGCCAACCAGCUCAUUGACCAACUGAAGACAUACAUCCAUUGCGAAAUCAAUGACUGCCACGAGUCCGUUCGAAGUUUACCCCAGAGCAUCUGCGAGAGCCUGGGUCUGGAUGUGAUCGAGCUCCUACCACCGCGGGCCGCACCCCACUCGAUCGACGAGAUCCGUCGGCUGUGUCGCGAUCGCCUCCUCCUAUCGCGGAACCGCCCUCCGCUCGUCCCCGGCAUCCUGACCGAGAUGUUCGUCAAGGCCAUUGAUCUACUGUACGACCCGCGGGACGGGGCGCCCGAGUCCCUGUACUAUCAGGGAUGGUUCAAGGUCGGCGUCGACUAUAUCCAGGACUUUUACCACCAAAUGUGUCAGAAGACGGACGAUUAUGAGUUCAACAUGGAGCGCAUAUGUCCCAUCCUGGAUGGUCCGGGGCGCAACCACACCUAUUGUGGUGACGACCUCCCCAAGCAUGUAGCGACCGAGCCAGGAGGUGGGACGCAGAGGGGCAGGGGGUGGAAAACGGACGAUGGUGGAGUCAGUGCAUGGGGCUCUCAUCAAAUAUAG